AUGAUUAAAAUUGCUGUAAUUAUACUGGAUCUUCUUGGAUUUAUCUGCAUCCAGUCGUCAGCGUUUUGGUCAAACGGCCGCGGAGUUUACUUCAGUGUAGUCGCCCACCUCGGUCUAUGGUUCUCCAGUAUACUUCUUUUGUUAUACCUAUUUCAUAUCGUCGAGAAGUACCACAAGUUGAAGUGGCUGAAGAUAGAGAUGACCGCGUACGGUGUGAUCGCAUUCCUGUAUCUGAUUGCGUCGACGAUCGUCGUCGCUUUCGGUGCUGCUGCGUACUCCGCUGCUGGGUUCUUCGGCUACUUGGCGAUGGUGUUGUAUGGGUACGACGCGUUCCUGAAAUAUCGUGCGUGGCGCGCGGGCGAGUUGGCGCAGGGCCAUCGCGUGCCCGCCAAGCAAAUGCACGUCGUCACGCCCCCCAGUUUGCCCUAG